GCAUUUCUACAAGCCCAUGCUGAGGCGAGGAGUCAACAAAUGGACGGCGCAGGCGGCCGUGUUCCUGGCGUCCGCCUUCUUCCACGAGUACCUGGUGAGCGUCCCCCUGAGGAUGUUCCGGCUCUGGGCCUUCAUGGGCAUGGCGGCGCAGAUCCCUCUGGCCUGGUUGGUGUCGCGGUUCCUGCGCGGGCACUACGGCAACGCCGCCGUGUGGAUGUCGCUGAUCCUGGGCCAGCCCGUGGCCGUGCUCAUGUACGUGCACGACUACUACGUGCUCAACUACGAGGGAUGAACCGGGAUAAACCCGGGAUAAACCCGGGAUAAACCUGGGAUAACCCGGGAUAAACCCCAAACCCACCCAGAGCCCCCCAGCCCGUGGCCGUGCUCAUGUACGUGCACGACUACUGCGUGCUCAACUACGAGGGAUGAAAUCUGACCCGGGAUAAACCCGGGAUAAACCCGGGAUAAACCUGGGAUAAACCCGGGAUAAACCUGGGAUAAACCUGGGAUAAACCCCAAAGCCCCC